CCGAUGCCGAGAGCCACGAUACGCGCGCUGCUGUCCGUCCUGCUCGCGCUGUGCUGGUGCCGCGCCUCGGAGGCGGCGGGCGGCGGCGCCUCCGCCGACGUGCUCCUGCGGGCGAAGCGGCCGGAGUUCGCCGCGUGGAUGGCCGGCGUCAGGAGGGCCAUCCACGAGCGCCCCGAGCUGGCCUUCGAGGAGCACGAGACGAGCGCGCUGGUGAGGCGGGAGCUCGACGCCAUGGGCGUGCGCUACGAGCACCCCGUCGCCGGCACCGGCGUCGUCGCGGCCGUGGGCACCGGGGGCCCCCCGUUCGUCGCGCUGCGCGCCGACAUGGACGCGCUCCCGCUGCAGGAGGAAGUGGAGUGGGAGCACCGGAGCAAGGUGGCCGGGAAGAUGCACGCCUGCGGCCACGACGCGCACACCGCCAUGCUGCUCGGCGCCGCCAGGAUCCUCCAUGAGCGCCGCCACGAGCUGCAGGGAACCGUGGUUCUUCUGUUCCAACCGGGCGAGGAGGUCGGCACCGGGGCCAAGAAGAUGGUGGAGGCCGGCGCGGUGGACAAGGUCGAGGCCAUAUUCGGGUUCCACGUCACUGUGAUGCUCCCCACCGGCGUGGUUGGAUCUAGAGCCGGCCCGCUGCUUGCCGGCUGCGGGUUCUUCGAGGCGGUGAUCACCGGCAAGGGAGGCCACGCUGCAAUCCCCCACAGCAGCGUGGACCCCGUGGUGACCGCCUCCAGCGUCGUCCUCGCCCUCCAGAGCCUGGUCUCCCGGGAGGCCGAUCCCCUGGACGCCCAGGUGGUGACGGUGACGAGGUUCCGAGGAGGCGACGCGUUCAACGUGAUCCCGGACUCCGUCACGAUCGGCGGCACGUUCCGGUGCUUCUCGAACGAAGGGUUCAUGCGGCUGAAGCAGCGCAUCGAGGAGGUGAUCGUGGCCCAGUCGGCGGUGCACCGGUGCGCGGCGGCGGUGGACUUCCACGCCGGCGGGCGCCCGCUCCUGCCCCCGACCAUCAACAGCGCCGCGCUGCACGCGCACUUCGAGGCCGUCGCCGCUGAGACGGUCGGCGCUGACGGCGUCCGGGGCACCAUGGAGCCGUGCAUGGGGAGCGAGGACUUCGCCGCCUUCUCCGAGGCCGUGCCAGGCUCCUACUUCUACUUCGUCGGGAUACGGAACGAGGCGGCCGGGUCGGUGCACGACGCGCACUCGCCGCACUUCCUCGUCGACGAAGGCGCGCUCCCGUACGGCGCGGCGAUGCACGCAAGCCUCGCCAUGACGUACCUGCAGCGCCGCCAGCGCGGGGAGCCCCACGAUGAGCUCUAGGUCCCGCUGCUGCAUAUGCCAACAGCCGCGACCUUGGCUCGACCACCGCGCACGCUGGCCUGCACGGUGGCUCGACGUUCUCAGGAUGACCAUGUUGCCGCGGCGCUUGCCACCGGCGAGUAGUCUCGUCACUUCAUCAGGAUUCUGAUGGAUUCAGAAGAAAGGCGCGUACUGCUAGCAAUCUGGUUGUGCAGUGACACUCAUGUUGCUGUUCAAUGUACGCGGUGUAAAUUAAACUGACGAUAGCCAAAAUGUCUUGGAAGCUGAAAACUGCGAGGACUUUCCAUGGACCUGAGCUGUUUAUGCAGAGGAUCGCAUCAAUCCUUUUCUUCCCGGGAAAAUAAACCUUUGCAUCUCUGAAAAACCCA